AUGACUAGAAGAAGAUGUUUUAAGUGCCAAGAUGUUGGGCAUGUGCAAGCUUAUAGUUCCAACCGAAAGGCUGUUAUGUUGGUUGAUGAAGAAGUCGAUUCCAAUCAUGAAGAAAACCAUCCAAUUGAGGAAGUUAAUGAGGAAGAUGAGGAUGUCUAUGUAGAACCUGAUGAAGGUGAUAUGCUUGUUAUUCAGAGGAUCUUACAUACCGAGUAUGAAUCAUCGAAAGGAGAGGCCCUUUUCCACACGAGGUAUACGGUCAUGGCAAGACUUGGGAGGGCUGUACCCCCACAGACCCCUCAGCCGCAGCGCACCCCGCAGAGCUCUCAGGCUAUGGUCCCAGCGCCAUCUGCUACUCCACUGGCCCAGCCAGCCAGAGGUGGAGAGCAUUUCCUGGCUACAACGACAGUUCCAGAAACUCGUUCGAAGUCUAAUGAAGAUUACGUGAAGAAAUUAGAUAAUCAGUUACAAAAUUACAUGGCAGAGACAAAUAAAAAAUUGGAAUCGCAUGAUUCUAAGAUCGAUGAUGUGGGAAGAAAGCUGGAUGUAAUGAUGGACAAGCUCUUCACAAGCAAUGAUGGCAUCUUGGGGAGUGCUCCAGUCGAAGUCAAUCACAUCGAGGGUUCCAGUAGUCGAUCCAGGAUUGCGGAGCAGAAGGAGUACUCUAUUGGUAGAAGAUCUUGGCUCCGCAAGUGUGAAAGAUACUUUCACUUUAAUCAGAUAAUUGAUCCUCAGGAGAAGUUGGAAGCUGUUGUCCUUCAUCUCAACGGGAGAGCUGGAUCCUGGUACUUCUCUUAUCAUCUGAGCAGAGGUAGUGUGAGGUGGCCUGAAUUUGUAGAAGAAAUCAAUAAAAGAUUUGAGGAGUCUAAUAAUAGCAAUCUUAAUCUCUUGGGAGAGUUCAAAAGAAUUGAGCAGCAAGGGUCAGUGAAUGAUUACCUGGCAAGAUUUGAAGAUUUGAAGGCUUGGGUCUUGAUUAAACAUCCCAUUAUCCCUGAAGAAUUCUUCCUUGGAUUCUUUAUUGAAGGACUUAAGGAUGAAAUCAGGCACACAGUCAAGAUGCUUGAUCCUUUUUCCUUGAGUCAAGCAGUGAAGAAAGCUAGACACAAAGAAAAGUUGUUAGAAGCAGUAGCUAAGAAGGGAAAAGUAAACAUUACUAGGCAGUCAAUACAGUACAACAAUACUAAUGGUCAAUCAGGAGUGAGAACAACUGGGUUUCAACAGAAGGAAGGGGGAUGUAACUCCUACAAUGUGGGCAACAAAUUGUUUGAGGCAAGAAGAGCAAGAGGUGAAUGUUAUAAGUGUGGGGAGAAGUAUUUCCCUGGUCAUCGGUGUAAGAAUAAGCAGUUAAAUGUGUUGUCUGGGUCUACUGAACAAGAAGGGGUAGAAAUGAAUGUUGAUGAAGAAGGGAUAGUGGAGGAGCCAAGUGAGGAGACAAUAAUAGAUGAGGCCAUAAGUCUCAAUGCCUUAUCUGGGACAGUCACCUCUACCACUAUCAAAUUGAAAGGAGUGUAUGGUAAGCAAGUUAUGGUGAUACUAGCAGAUAGUGGUAGCACCCAUAGUUUUGUAGCAAGUGAAACUGCAAAACAAUUGGGGUGUGUGUUUCAAGUAGAUGCUCCAAUGACAGUUACAGCUGCCAAUGGGAGUAACUUGAUGAGUUAUCACUCUUGCCCUCAGUUCAAAUGGAAAAUGCAAGGCAUUGUGUUUGAGCACAAACUAAGAAUGUUAGACAUUGGGGGAUAUGAUAUGGUUUUAGGAGUGGAUUGGAUGAGAAAGCACAAUCCUAUAUUGUUUGAUUUUAUUGGAUAUAGACUACAGGUCAGUCUGAAGGGAAAGAGAGUAGAACUAAAAGGUUUUUCUGAAGAGGGUAGCUUACAGAGUAUGUCAGCUACAGGGGUGAAGCAGCUACUCAAGAAGGGCCAACUGUUAUGGGCUCAUCUCUUCACAAUUACUACUCAGUCUACUACAGAAGGAAGAGGCAUACCUGAACAAAUUAUAAGGCUGCUGACUGAAUUUCCAGGAGUUUUUGCUGAGCCAAAGUCUCUGCCACCACAGAGGAGUCAUGAUCACUUCAUUCCUCUCAAAUCAGAUGCAGCUCCAAUUAGCAUUAGGCCCUACAGGUAUAACCAUUUUCAAAAUAAUGAGAUAGAAAAACAAGUGACUGACAUGCUUAAUAGCGGUACCAUUCAGCCUAGUCACUCUCCCUUCUCCUCACCAGUGUUAUUGGUUAAAAAAAAGGAUGGUAGUUGGAGGUUUUGUAUAGAUUACAAAGAAUUAAACAAAAUGAGUGUGAAAGACAAAUUUCCUAUGCCUCUAGUAGACGAUCUCAUGGAUGAAUUAAAUGGUUCAUGCAUUUAUUCAAAGAUUGAUUUGAGGGCUGGUUAUCACCAGAUUAGAAUGAAGGAAUCUGACAUAUACAAGACUGCAUUUAGGAUUCACUUGGGACAUUAUGAGUUCAAGGUUAUGCCAUUUGGGUUAACUAAUGCACCUGCUACCUUUCAAAGUUUAAUGAAUCAUGUAUUCAUGCCUUUCCUUAGGAAAUUUGUGCUGGUAUUCUUUGAUGAUAUAUUGGUGUACAGUCCUUCAGUGGAGAGUCAUGUGAUGCAUCUUAGGCAGUCAAGUGGAGUAUUUGGGGCAUAUUAUUUCAGGCCAGGGGUAGCUACUGACCCUGCUAAGAUUGAGGCCAUGAUUAAUUGGCUUGUUCCCAGAUCUGUUAAGGAUCUUAGAGGGUGUUUGGGUCUCACCGGUUACUACAGGUGA